AUGCCAUCUCAGUCUUCCGUUCCACCAUUCCCCAACAACCUCCCCACUGCAGACAUCCACGCCAUCGACUUCGACGCCCUCGCUGCCGGCUCCAAAACCCAAUCACGACUCGUCCACGAAGCAGCCACAGGCUACGGCUUCUUCUACCUUACCAACCACCACAUCGACCAUGCCUUCAUGUUCGACUUGGCUAAUGCCGUCUUCACCCUCCCCCAGACCGAAAAGAACAAGUACGACAUGGGCACCACCGGCCACUACUUCGGCUACAAGCGGUCCGGCGCCAUGAUCGUCGACGACAAGGGCACGCCAGACCAAUCGGAGUUCUACAACAUCUCCAAGGACGAGGUGUUGGGGAUCGGAAAGUUGGGUGCGAAUCCGAGUCCGCAUCCCGACGUGGUGAUGGCGCGGAAGGAGGAGCUGGAAAGGUUUAUGCGGAGGUGUCAUGAGGUCGUGACAGUGCUGGUGCGGGCAUUGGGGACGGAGCUGGGGAUGGAUCCGGAGCUGCUGCCGAGCUUGCAUAAGGUGGACAGGCCGAGCGUGUGCCAGGCUAGGGUCACGCAUGCGCCUCCUGUGAGCCAGGAGACGAUUUGCUUGGGGGAGCAUACGGACUUUGGAAGUGUGACGGUCCUAUUCAACCAACUUGGCGGCCUCCAAGUCCUAGAGCCCAACAGUAAGGACUGGAAGUACGUGCAGCCCCGACCUGAGUGCGCCAUCAUCAAUCUCGGUGACGCGUUCGUCAAACUCUGCGGCAACAGGCUGUACAGUGCCGUCCACCGCGUCAUGGGCCCGCCGGGAGAGCAAGCACAGUCUGACCGACAUUCGGUAGUGUACUUCGCGCGACCCAACAGUGAUGUGCUACUUCGCUCAUUGUUCGACGACCCGAAUGCCACCGCUGAAGGGCUGAUGAAUGCAGAUGCUUGGGUGGCUAACAGGGCAAAGACGUGGAACAGUGCGAAUUUCAAGGGGAAGGAGAGCUAUAUCGCGAGUAGGGGAACGGAACACAAUGCAGGGCAGCGGGUGCCGAUGUUGGACAAGCCUAGAGAUGAGGUGGAAGCUGUGUAG